AUGUGGUCAUCUACUUCCAGCGUUAUACGCAUGACCGCGGAGAACACUCUGGGAAAGACGACUCUAGGUAAGCCCAAGGUACAAAAGGCUACGUGGUUUUGGAAUGAGGAAGUUCAGGCGGCAAUUCGUGAGAAGAAGUCCAGGUAUAAGCUCUGGUGGAGGACGCGUCAGCUUGAAGAUCAGGGUGCUUACCUAGCGGCGAAGAGGGAGGCUAAGAAGGCAGUCUCUAAGGCGAAGUCGGACCGCUACAAGGCUGUGUACGACAUGCUUGAUACCAGAAAAGACGAGCGGGCAGUGUAUUGUUUAGUCAGAGCGCGUCAUCGCUCAACGUUGGAUAUGGAGACACCAACAUCGUUAUGGGAGGUGAUGGAGCCAUUCUGCGCCGCUCUACUCAGAUCCUGGAGAGGUGGCGAGAGUACUACAAUCACUUGUGUAACGAAGAGUUCUAUCGUCCUCCCAUCCCAACUGUUCCCAGCGUCGAGGGUCCUGUUCCACCAAUUACUGCCGUCGAAGUCAGUGCUGCCUUCGCAAAAAUGA